AUGGAUCUGUCGAAAUACACAUUGACCUUACCUAAAUACAUCCCCAACAAAGGGCUUUCCCAGGAUGAACAGCGGGAAAAGGAAUUCGGGUCGCUAGAAUCACCAGAGUUCCUUUAUGUUUCUGAACACGAACCAAACACCCCGUACCUCGUCGAGCCUUUGGAGGAACCUUCGUACUUCACCAUUCUCUUGACCCAUCUUAACUUCCUUAUUUUGAUCAUUGUUGGUAACUUCAAGGAUUUCUUUGGGACAUUCUUCGAUAAGAAGCAGUUUGAAGACGUGAUUGAAAAAGAUGGGUACGCCCCAUACUAUCUGCGUCUUGAAUCGUUUUACGUCAGAAGAAUGAAACGGAAGAUCGAUGACAAUUUCUCCAUUCCUACCACUGGGGUCCCGGGAAGAUACAUCACCUGCUACGACCGUCAUUCCGAUGAUUAUAACCAAACUUUGAAGUACACUGGGUCGGUGACCAAUUGUUUGAACUUUGCCAGUUACAAUUACUUGGGAUUUGCACAAUCCGUGGGGAUUUGUACUGACGAUGCUUUGGUGACCCUUCGCAAAUACGGUACUGGAGCUGGGGCCCCUCGUCAUCAAGGAGGAACCACCGAUAAACACGCGGAAUUGGAAAAACUCGUGGCAAAAUUUGUCGGCAAGGACGACUCGUUAAUCUUCUCUCAAGGGUUCAGUACCAAUGCCAAUUUGUUCGACAGUUUCUUGGAUUCCGAAUGUCUUGUGAUUUCUGACGAAUUGAACCAUUCGUCCAUCAGAACUGGGCUCAGAAUUUCCGGGGUCACCAUUAAACGUUUCCCUCAUAAUAACAUGGCGAAAUUGGAAAAAAUCAUCAGAACCAGCAUUUCCCAAGGGCUUCCAAGAACUCAUAAACCUUGGAAGAAGAUCAUUGUUUGUGUUGAAGGGUUGUAUUCUAUGGAAGGGACGAUGUGCCCACUUCCUCAGCUUGUGGAUCUUAGAGAUAAGUACGGGUUUUACCUUUUUGUCGAUGAAGCGCAUUCUAUUGGGGCCAUGGGACCAAACGGCCGUGGAGUUUGUGAUUAUUUCAACAUUGACCCUUCAAGAAUCGAUAUUCUUAUGGGAACCUUUACCAAAUCAUUUGGUGCUGCUGGUGGGUACGUUGCCGCUGAACAACAUAUCAUUGAUCGUCUUAGACUCGAUUUGACCGCCCCGGUGUAUUCGGAAUCGAUUUCUCCGGUAAUUGUCUCGCAGAUUUUGACCUCAAUGAAAAUCAUUAUGGGAGAACUCAAUCCUGGUGAAGGGAAGGAAAGAAUUCAACGUAUUGCCUUCAAUUCCCGUUACUUGCGUGCUGGUUUGAAGAAAUUGGGGUUCAUUGCCUUUGGUAUGGAUGAUUCUCCGGUGAUCCCAUUAUUGCUUUAUGUUCCAAAUAAAUUGCCUGCCGUAGCCAGAGCGUUGUACAAGAGAGGAAUUGCCGUGGUGAUUGUUGGGUACCCUGCCACCCCGAUCGACAGUUCGAGAAUAAGAAUUUGUGUUAGUGCUGCUUUGACGAAAAGUGAUUUGGAUAAAGUCUUGAGAGAACUUGAUUUCAUUGGGGACAAGAUGUAUUUCAAGUAUGCCAGGGGUAAACAUAACAUGGAACCAUUUACUGAUAAACCAAAUGCCACUUUGGAAGCCUUCCAUUGA